CACACACUAUCUGGAAGCUAAAAAUAAAAAUAAAUAGUAAGUAAGUAAAUAAAUAAAUGAAAGUGGCCUAAAAAAACUUCUAAGGAAGAGAACACUAUAAAAACAAACAUCUUUCUUAAAACUCCUCAAUUGCCCCUAUGGAAUCAGAUUCCUGGGCUCCAGGAAGCCCAUCUGGGCUCUCGAGGGGCCACAGAGAAAAGGUUAGAUGCAAGCAAAGCUCUGAGGCCGAGCGGAGGGUGAGCGGGUGGUGACAUCUGUUUCCCGGCCCUGCUGAGAGCAGGUGGCUCUGGCUCCUGUGCCGUCAGCCUGUCUUCUUUCCCAUGCUGUCCAGCUUCACUAGCCCAGCCUCACUGUGGGCUAGGACUCCACCCAUUCUCCCCAGAAGGCAGCCAGAACCAGGGCACUGAGAGCCUGGAGGGGCAGUGAAACCCUGGGAGCGCGGGAGAGAUGGACCCCCUGGACUUCCUGGAAGGAGCCCUGGGACGAUUUUCAUGAAGUACAAGACUGUAGGCACAGAGUGCCAGAGUUUGAGGUCUGAGGGGAGAGGCUGGAACAAGCUUUCUUUGCAAAGCCCUGGUGGGGCAGCAGCCACAGAACCUGCCCCACCCAAACCCAUGAGCCCUGGUGCUGGCCCUGGCCUUCCCCUCUCCUCAGUCUCUCUCUGUCUAGCUGGAGCUGGACUCUAAACCUCUCCCCUCCUGGAGGCGGGGCCAGCCUUCUGAGCAGGAUAAAACCCCAAACAGCAGGGGCUGGUGUGGGCACAGCCCUGGCGUGGCCCUCUGCCUCCUCACCCUCUGCCAGCCCCAUGGCCAGCUCUGUGGACUCACCUCCAGCAGGUUGUGCCAGUGGGCUGGGUUCCCAUCGGAGAAAGCGGAUCACCUUCAGCAGAGGGCAAUUGCUGGAGCUGGAGCGGGUGUUUGCAGCACGGCCCUAUCCUGACAUCGGCACCCGUGAGCACCUGGCCCGGGUCACUUGCAUUCCUGAGGCCAAGAUACAGGUGUGGUUCCAGAACCGCCGGGCCAAGAGGAUCAAGAACCGGAAGCCAGGAGGCUUGAGCCCCAGGCCUGAGCUCCCCCAGAGCUCCUGUUCUUUUCCAGAAACCCUCCAGGAGCCCUGGGAGCCCCCAACUCUGGGCCAGCAGCCUCCACUCUCCCCCAGCAUACCUCAGCACGUCUCAGCCUGUGGACAUGCCUCCUGCCCAGCUCCCAGCUUGGGUUCAGGACAAGGCUGCGCAGGAGUUAGAGCUGCAGCCCCAUGGGGACUGGCUGGGACUUCAGAGGUCUACCUGUCUUUGGAGCAACCUACUCCCCCAAUCUCACUGGGCAACCUGUCUGAGGUCAUCUAUGCCUCAGCCAUCGUCACCAACGUGGACCACUGCUAAUCUAGGUGUAGAACUUCUAAGAUCCCUUCUCCAGCUCUUACAGCCCACUUGCCCCCUCCUUUCACACAAGGAGUUCUCUGUGGGAAGGGAAUCCCUCCCUUCCACUGGCCUCUAGGCUGGCCUAAAUCCAGCACGUUUGCAGUGGCUCAAGCCUAGCCCCUCCUGGGGCAUAUGCCCAUCGUCUUGGCAGGGGUACCUCUUGGAUGAUGGAGGGGUCAUGCUUUCCACCUCUUCUGCCAGGCCUGGUCCCCAGUUCUUCUCAUCCCAGUUGGAUGACCUGCUCCCUCUGCAGAGGCACCUGCCUGUCUCUCAGGGCCCUUCAGGUCACUGCCAAACUAAAUGCUGAGUGAAUCGCAAGCGUGCCACUCCUAAUUUAGACUGCUGGAGACCCACCCUUCCCUGGUUCAGGCCGCUUGCCUGACCGCUUACCACCUGGACAAGAUGAUCAGAACCACGGAUCUGAACAGGGAGGGAUAUUAAAGUGAUAAAGUUGAAAUAGAAGUCUGGGGCUUAUAUCGAUUUCACUUCUGCAAAGAUCAGAUUGAGUGCCCUCUGACAUGGGGCUGUGGAGGUAGCCUAACAGAUCUGGGGGUGGGGGGAGGUAUAGCAAUACUGGGUUUUGGUAUCACCGUCAUCUGUAAUACCAACUAAUCUCCAAAUAAAACUCAAACUCUGUACCUUAA